AUGGCCAUCACAUACACGCCAGCCCUCAUGCCCCCCCAGGCAGUGGCAAAGCCCAAAUGCAAGAUUUCAGCCUCCCGCAAGCUAUCAUUGAAGAUUCUUUUGCUGGCUCGUGCAACAGAAGAGCUGGAGGCAGAGAAGGCUGCAAGAGAGGAAGAAAAGGUCCGCUACCUGGGAGAGAAACUUUCACCGCUGCAGCUCAUUGGUUUAAACAUUGAUGAACUGCAGAAACUCUGUAAGCAGAUGCAUGAAAAGGUUGAUAUGGUGGAUGAGGAGCGCUACGACUGUGAGGCCAAAGUCAUCAAGAACAACAAAGAUAUCAACGAAUUGAAUCUGAAGAUUCAGGACCUCGGAGGGAAGUUCAAGAAGCCAGCACUGAGGAAAGUGAGAGUGUCAGCAGAUGAGAUGCUGAAAGCUCUCUUUGGAUCCAAAAACAAGGGCUCCAUGGACCUAAGGGCAAACCUCAAGUCUGUAAAAAAAGAGGACAUCAAGCAAGAGAAGGUGGGUGACUGGCGUAAGAAACUGGAGGGUAUGUCUGGUAUGGAGGGCAGGAAAAAGAUGUUUGAUGCAUGA